UCAAGCAUUUAUAACUUUGCUACUCAUACGUGUUUUUUUUUUUUCGCGUUCAUGUCAACUAGACAUGGAACCGGCAUGAUUAAUUAUGCCGCGUAGGCUACCGGCUGAGCGUAAAUCUAGAGCUAAGAGCCAGGUGCGAAGAGGCCCCAACAGGACAGAUGUCCUUCCUUCCACCUCAGGCAGCUCCACGAGCCCACGAGCAGAGCCCACUGUUGCACCCUCCACCUCUCAGCCCACCCAGCAUGGACCCAUGAGGCCAGAGAGGAAGUGCAGGCAGCUGCAGACCCCGGGCAACAUGCCCCCACCGGCUGCCGUCCCCACUGACAAAAGCAAGAGAAAGAGGGACUAUAGCAACGUGGUCACAGCCCAGGAGACCACUACUAGCGAGAACAUCAGUGAGGUGGACCCAUCAGUGCUGAAAAGGACAUGUACUGAGCCUCACGCUACAAAGAAGCUGAGGAAGACCAACAAGCCACCCAAUGGUCAAGCAUCCUUUAACCUUAAGUACACAAUGGGAGACCUGCUUGGUAAAGGAGGGUGUGGAUGUGUUUUUGAAGGAACCAGACAUUCUGAUGGAUUACAAGUUGCCAUCAAGAUCAUCCCCAAGGAAAAUGCAGGUUGUUAUAUAACUGUGCCUGACACCGGUGAAUACCUCCCUCUGGAGGUGGCCCUCAUGACGAUAGUUUCCAGGCCACCGGAGUGCCCUAACAUCCUCAAGCUCGUGGAAUGGUUUGCAUUGCCCACCGUCUUCAUCCUCAUCCUGGAGCGCCCCAUGCCCUGCAUGGAUUUAUACAACUACUGCGAGACUUUAGGAGGUCAACUCACCGAAAGCCAGGGGAAGCAUAUCAUCCGCCAGGUGGUCCAUGCUGUGAAACACUGCCGUGAUCGCAGCGUUCUACACCGUGACAUAAAGCAAGACAAUUUCCUGGUCAACACUGACGACGUGAUGGUCAAGCUUAUUGACUUUGGCUGUGGGGACCUGUUGAAAGAGGGGCGCUAUGACAGCUUUGCUGGCACGGAGGAGUUUAGCCCACCCGAGUGGUGGUUGCACAAGACCUACCAGGGCCGCCCGGCCACCAUCUGGUCAUUGGGAGUGCUGCUCUAUGUCCUCCUCUGUGGCGAGCUGCCAUUUGUGGACGAUGGUGAGAUUGUCUCCAAGCGACUGCGUUGCAGGAGGGGUCUAUCCAGUGAAUGCCGUAAUCUUAUUCACUGGUGCUUGAGGAAAGACCCAUCCAAACGGCCAGUCCUGGAGGAAAUCCUCCAGCACAAGUGGCUCUCAGCAGACUAGGGUUAGGUUACUGCAAGGAGAGAGAGGAGGAAACUUGACAGGGAAGGAGGUUGCUUAAGGAACAGCAUUCCUUAAAGGCUCAGAACAUCUGGACAAGGAACGCCAUGGGAAAUAUCAUCUCCACAAGAAUUGGCAAGGGGGUGUAUUAGUCCACAAGCAGAAUACAUCUAACAUCUAAACAGUAUUGCUGUAAAAUUGUGGAGACUAAGCAGAGUUGAUUGGUUGAGACUUUGAGACUUUGAGUCUCACUGAGCUCUCAUAACCCUGCUGAGUUGAUAACCGUGCAUGAAAAAGGCCCCCUGUAGAUGGAGCAGGCAGCAAAUAUCAUCUUAUAUCUGGUGGGUUCAUCUGGCAACUUAGUGUUCCUGAAAGAACAUUUAAGCCUGCUCCCAUUACGAACACCCCCAUGAAUGACCAGGUUCAGCAAGGCUGGUUGAAUGUCACUGUCUCAGCCUUGUUGACGGCUGCACACCUAGCCAGUGCCUGUUUUAUACUACAAGUACCACGGACUGGGCCUGUUGUGGGAAGCACUAUUCAUUUCAUGAAAAGGAUUUGUUUAAGGACUGUUCCAGAAGGCUUCUCUCCGACCACAGUUGCCGUUCUCUCUCUCCACAGUAACUGGCCACUUCAUUUAUCAAUUAUAUAAUUUUCAAAACAUUGAAUAUUUCAAUAAUAAUAAAAAAAACGAAUGCAUGCAA